UUUAUCUACCAAACAGAGCAUUAGGGACAGUGGAAGGUAACUUGUCCCCAACGAAAAGAGCAUUUAACAAUCCCUUCUUGUUCAGUGACAGUAGCAGUACUCUUAACCUUCUCUCUCUGCCGCUCGUUCGGUUCUCCAAUCGCCGUUACGUUCUUCGUGUUCCCCAAUUCUGAGGACAAUAUGUCUAGAAGAUAUGAUAGCCGCACAACAAUCUUCUCUCCUGAAGGACGUCUUUACCAAGUGGAGUAUGCAAUGGAGGCCAUCGGAAACGCUGGUACUGCAAUCGGGAUCUUGUCAAAAGAUGGGGUUGUUCUGGUUGGUGAGAAGAAAGUGACAUCCAAGCUGCUGCAAACCUCAACUUCCACUGAGAAAAUGUACAAGAUUGAUGAUCAUGUUGCGUGCGCAGUGGCUGGGAUCAUGUCUGAUGCCAACAUCCUCAUCAACACUGCUAGGAUCCAAGCUCAACGUUACACUUUCGCGUACCAAGAGCCAAUGCCUGUUGAGCAGUUGGUUCAAUCUCUUUGUGAUACCAAGCAAGGUUACACACAAUUCGGUGGUCUUCGGCCAUUUGGAGUCUCAUUCCUGUUCGCAGGGUGGGACAAAAAUUUCGGCUUUCAACUUUACAUGAGUGACCCUAGUGGAAAUUAUGGCGGAUGGAAAGCUUCAGCUAUUGGUGCCAACAACCAGGCAGCACAGUCAAUUCUGAAACAGGACUACAAGGAUGAUAUCACAAGGGAGGAAGCAGUUCAACUUGCACUGAAGGUACUGAGUAAAACUAUGGACAGCACAAGUCUCACCUCGGAAAAGCUUGAACUUGCAGAGGUAUUCCUCUCACCCAAUGGAGAAGUCAAGUAUCAAGUUUGCUCCCCAGAAGCCUUGACGAAGCUGUUGGUCAAGUCUGGCGUGACCCAACCAGCAACAGACACUGCUUAGCUUGCUGUUCUAUGAGGUUCUUAAAUUCAUAUAGACGUCAAUGAGUGUACUAAAUUUAUUUUUAAGGUCAAGCUCACAAUCUUUUCAUAUCUUCAUGAUGCUAAUAACUUUUGAUAUCCUGUAUAUUUCUUGAUUUUCAGGACAUAGAUCCAUUAUCUAUGAUAUUUGCAUCUACACACAAAGGUGCACAUACGUAUGCAUGUAUGGUUUACCGAUUA